AUGAGCCGCCGUGCAGGAUCCGUGGUGGUGUUGGGAGCCCUUGCCUGCCUGGUUUGGGGCCCCAGCUUCACGGGCAGCGUGCCCAGGAGGCAGGAGAGUGCCCUGGCUCGCAUGGCGAGCUCCAAGUGGGUGAACCCUGAGGACCCUGAGAUGUCCCACCCUAGUGGCCUCUACGUGCUGCCCCUGAAGCCCGCGAAGCCGCAGGAGAACUACAUCUACACCUGGAAGAAGGGUGAGGAUGGCUCGAUCGAGGACUACGUCAAGACCCCCUUCAAGGGCCCUGAGCGCGCCGCUGACUACUACACCCAGCGCAAGGACAACGGAGCUUGGGACCACUGGGGCCCGCAGGGUGAGGGUGAGCCUCUAGCCGCAGUGUCGCGCUUGGAGAAAAAGAUGAGCCGCCGUGCAGGAUCCGUGGUGGUGUUGGGAGCCCUUGCCUGCCUGGUUUGGGGCCCCAGCUUCACGGGCAGCGUGCCCAGGAGGCAGGAGAGUGCCCUGGCUCGCAUGGCGAGCUCCAAGUGGGUGAACCCUGAGGACCCUGAGAUGUCCCACCCUAGUGGCCUCUACGUGCUGCCCCUGAAGCCCGCGAAGCCGCAGGAGAACUACAUCUACACCUGGAAGAAGGGUGAGGAUGGCUCGAUCGAGGACUACGUCAAGACCCCCUUCAAGGGCCCUGAGCGCGCCGCUGACUACUACACCCAGCGCAAGGACAACGGAGCUUGGGACCACUGGGGCCCGCAGGGUGAGGGUGAGGCAUGA